AUGAUCGAUAGCUCCAAGAAGCAGCAACAGGGCUUUUCCGAGAUUUUACCGGCAGGGGGGGGUAAGCCGCUGAAGGAGAAGGAAAGCCUUGAGGUGAACAGCCAGAAAAGUCUCAAGGAAGUACUUCAGCUGAGGCUACAACAAAGACGGACACGAGAACAGCUGGUGGACCAGGGCAUCAUGCCACCUUUGAAAAGUCCAGCUGCAUUCCAUGAGCAGAUAAAGAGCCUGGAGCGAGCCAGGACUGAAAAUUUUUUGAAGCACAAGAUUCGCAGCAGGCCAGACAGGUCUGAGCUGGUCAGAAUGCACAUCCUUGAAGAGACCUUUGCAGAGCCUUCACUACAAGCUACUCAGAUGAAACUGAAGAGAGCUCGGUUGGCAGAUGAUCUGAAUGAGAAGAUUGCUCAGAGGCCUGGCCCUAUGGAACUGGUAGAAAAAAAUAUUCUUCCUGUAGACUCCAGUGUUAAAGAAGCUAUUAUAGCAGUUGGACAAGAGAAUUAUCCUCAAGCUUUGGAUGAUUAUUCAUUUGAUGAAGACAGCAGUGAUGCUUUAUCACCAGAUCAGCCAGCCAGCCAAGAAAGUUCAGCAUCUUCCCCUGGUGAGCCAAAAACAAGUGACUCGCCAUCACCCGUAACACCAAAUGCUACUACGUCAACACAGUAUCCACCUUUAACCUCUCCAGUUCCUGAAUUUCUCAAAACUCCCUCUACAAACGAACAGCACAUUACACGUUCUACUGCUGCAACCACCCUGACCACAAAUACUGUAUCUGCAGCAAAGCCUGGACCAACGUUAGUAAAGCAAAGCCACCCAAAGAACCCAAAUGAUAAGCAUCGGAGCAAGAAAUGUAAAGAACCUAAGCCAAGAGUGAAAAAAUUGAAGUAUCAUCAAUAUAUUCCACCCGAUCAGAAAGGUGAGAAAAAUGAGCCGCAGAUGGACUCCAACUAUGCUCGUCUGCUACAACAGCAGCAACUGUUUUUGCAGCUGCAGAUCCUGAGCCAACAGCAACAACACUACAACUACCAGACAAUUCUACCUGCACCGCUGAAGCCACUGAAUGACAAACAGAGUAACAACGGGAAUACGCCACUGAAUACUUUGAACAACAGUACACCAACAUCAGCUGCCAGCUCACCAAGACAGAACAGUAGUAUUCCCAGCCGGAAACCAGGACCUCUACCUUCAAGCUUGGAUGACUUGAAGGUAGCAGAGCUUAAAAUGGAGUUGAAAUUGAGGGGAUUACCAGUGUCUGGAACAAAAACAGAUCUUAUUGAGCGUCUGAAACCCUAUCAAGAUCUUAAUAACAAUGGGGUUGCUACUAGUAGCUCUGUUACAGUAACCACUUCUGCUGGGGCCACAGGUAACAACACUGGGGAAGUGACUGUGGCAUUUCCUGUUGCAACACUAAAUAAACCAGUGGCUAAUACAACAUCCAGCUUUCCUUCAGAAAAAACAUCUACUGGAUCUGGCUCCAAAGUAGUAAAUACUGAAAACAUUAGCUCUCCUUUGCCUAUAUCUCCCUCGCCUUCAGAACAAUCUAGUCUAAGCACAGAUGAUACUAGUACAGCAGAUACUUUCACAGAAAUGAUGACCAUGAUGUCACCAUCCCAUUUCUUAAGUACUUCACCACUAAGAGCAAAUAUGAGUGAUGAUAAUCAGAAUCGCAGUAGUGGAAGCAUCUCAACUAUGGAGUUUGAUGUAGCAGAAAAGGACCGCAAGCUUCAAGAAAAAGAAAAGCAGAUUGAAGAGCUCAAAAGGAAACUGGAACAAGAGCAAAAACUUGUGGAAGUACUGAAAAUGCAACUUGAGGUUGAAAAACGGGGACAACAGCAACACUCUCAGACUUCUGGUAACUCAGUGGCUUUGGAACAGAAGCAAUUCAGUGCUGCCGUCAAAGAUGAAAAUGCUCUUACUGACUGCUCUAGUACAAGUCAAUCUGUACCUGUAGCCAGUCAUUCUUUAGGACAAUCGGUAUAUACUAGUGGCCAGAAUCCAGUUGCCAAAAAGGCGGUUGUUAUCAAGCAGGAGAUACCUGUGGCCAAAGCUGAACCUCAGAAUGCCAUUUCUCAAUUUUAUAUUAAUCCACAGAGGCAGCCGCAAACUGCAGUUGUUGCCCAACCUCAAGCUUUAUUAACUACCCAAGGAACUGCCCAGCUGCUCCUGCCACUAUCUAUCCAGGGACCGAAUUCUACCACUGCAGUGCAGCUACCAGUUGGAAAUAUAAAGUUGCAGGCUCAAUCACAAGCUGGAAUACAGACCCCAUCACAAAUACCUGCUCCUCUUUCUUCCUCUGGCCUGGGCCAGACAGCACCUCAGAUGCAUACGCCACAAUCAAAACAAAAUACCAUCAUGCAGCAUGCACUUGGUCAGACCCAACAAAUCAGAAAGGUUUUUCCACCUACCACAUCAAAUACAGUAUUUUCCUAUCAGACUGCACCAGUUACAACACCUUCACAAUCUUUUAUGAAUAAAACGUCGAACUCUAACAUUCACACUGGUGGUAAUCAGGUCCCCUCUGUGCAAAACGGACCUGCUACUCCCAAUAAGCCUGGCUCUCCAUCUCAAGCCCAGCCUUAUAUUGUUCAACAAUCCCUCUUCAACAAUACAGUAUCCAAGACAAAAGAUCCUCCUCGUUAUGAAGAGGCCAUAAAACAGACCCGCAAUAUUCAGACAUCACCCCGUGAGAUCUCCAGUGCACACAGUCAGCAGAUGGAUGAUCUUUUCGAUAUUCUCAUCAAGAGUGGAGAGAUUUCCCUUCCAAUAAAGGAGGAACCAUCUCCCAUUUCUAAAAUGAGACCAGUAACAGCCAACAUCACUACAAUGCCAGUGAAUACAGUGAUAUCCCGCCCACCACCACAAAUCCAAAUGGCCCCUCCUCCUGUGUCCUUAGAACCAACAACCAGCUUGUCUAUAAGUUUGGAAAACCAACUUGAAGCCCUCUUGGAUGGAACUUUACCGUCAGGUAAUGAAAUUCCUCAACUGACAAGCAGUAAUGAGGACAGAGAGUCAUUUUCUUUAAUUGAAGACCUCCAGAAUGAUCUGCUUAAUCACGCCAGCAUUUUAGAUCACACUCAUUCACCCAUGGAAACAUCCGACCCACAGUUUACCACUAAUAAUUCUUGUCUGUCUCUUGACCUUCCUGAUACAAAUUUGGACAAUAUGGAAUGGUUAGACAUUACAAUGCCCAGCUCCUCAUCUGGACUUACUCCUCUCAGUUCUACUGCCCCCAGCGUGUUCUCCACUGACUUUCUAGAUUCACAGGAUCUACAGUUGCACUGGGAUUAAGCUAUAGCCAAUGAGAACAUGACCUGCAAGUCUCUUUAGAGCAGAGGUCUCUUAACUGCAAUCAGAAUGGUAUAAUAAGUUAAGACGGUAAUGUUUGGAAAAACAAAUACUUGAAGCUAAUUCCUUAUUGAUUUUCAAGUUUACAACAAUUAAUUACUUUAUGCUCCUAUCAGUAAUGUAGGUCAGGGCCCCCUGAAAGCUGUAUUUUGCAAGUCAAGAAAGGAUGAUUGUACUUACUGAUUAAAAGCACCCCAAGGUAAAUGCAUCACAGAUACUUAAGAAAGAGGUUAUGUCUCCGACUUUGUAAUGCUUAAAUGAGCAACACAACAUGGCUGAACUUAGAGAAGUAGUAGUGAGAUUUCAACUGUCUGUAUUGACAUAAUGAGCAAAUGUUUGGGGGAGGGUAUCACUGUACUUCAUUGUUCCUGUGGAUAGCCUGAGCCAGGUUCAAAGUGAAUUUGUGAGGGCAAAGGCAAGUAGAAGCACUGGCUGGUUCAGUGAAAUUUCAUAUAUCUAGUCUCUUAAUUUCUUCAAGUUGUUUUUGUAUUUUGGUUUUGUGGUUUUUAAAACUCUUCCCCCAUUCUUU